AGUUUAUUGGCCAGCAUCACCGGUUUACUGGGGUCCUUCGCAGACAGAGGAAGCUAGACGGGGAACGCCAGUGACCAUGCCGACUGUCAGCGUCAAACGGGAUCUCAUUUUCCAAGCCCUGGGCAGAACAUACACGGAUGAAGAAUUUGACGAGCUCUGUUUUGAGUUUGGGCUGGAGCUGGAUGAGAUUACCUCGGAGAGAGACAUCAUCAGCCGGGAGCAGGGUGACGGCAGGGCGGAGGGGGCCUCUGAUGUGAUUCUGUAUAAGAUUGACGUACCGGCCAAUCGCUAUGACCUGCUCUGCUUGGAGGGGCUGGUCCGGGGCCUGCAGGUCUUCAAGGAGAGGGCGGAGGCCCCCAGGUACAGGCGAGUGUGUCCAACUGACGGGGAGCCCCAGAGACUGGUCAUCACAGAGGAGACGGCUGCAGUGCGCCCUCAUGCUGUGGCGGCGGUCCUGCGGAACAUCAGCUUCACGCCGCAGCGCUACGACAGCUUCAUCGAGCUUCAGGAGAAGCUGCACCAGAACGUCUGCAGGAAAAGGACCCUGGUGGCCAUUGGGACUCACGACCUGGACUCCAUCUCCGGACCCUUCACUUACACGGCCAAACCCCCGUCAGACAUCCGCUUUACACCCCUCAACCAGGCCCGGGAGUUCAGCGCCGUGGAGCUCAUGAGCCUGUACAAGAGCGACAGUCAUCUGCGGCACUACCUGCACAUCAUCGAGGACAAGCCUGUGUACCCCGUCAUCUACGACAGCAAUGGCAUCGUCCUGUCCAUGCCCCCCAUCAUUAACGGGGACCACUCGAAAAUCUCCCUCAACACCAAAAAUGUGUUCAUCGAAUGCACAGCCACCGACCUCACAAAGGCGCAGAUUGUUCUGGACAUGAUGGUCACAAUGUUCAGUGAAUACUGUGAACAGCCUUUCACAGUGGAGGCGGCUGAAGUGGUAUACCCUGAUGGCAGAACCUGCAUUUACCCAGAGCUGGCUUACAGGACGGAGACUCUGACGGGAGAUUUCAUCAACCAGAGAGUGGGCAUCAGUGAGUCGGCGGAGGACAUUGCGAAGCUCCUGACCCGGAUGUGCUUGCGCUCGGAGGUCGCGGAGGACGGGCAGAUCCGGGUGGAGAUCCCACCCACCCGCUCUGAUGUCAUCCAUGCCUGUGACAUCAUGGAGGAUGCCGCCAUUGCGUAUGGCUUUAACAACAUCGUCCGCACAACGCCGCGCACCUACACCGUGGCUAACCAGCUCCCUCUGAACAAGCUGACGGAGCUCCUGAGGCAGGAUCUCGCUGCAGCUGGAUUCACUGAAGCACUGACCUUCGCUCUGUGCUCUCAGGAGGACAUUGCUGAUAAGCUGGGGAGGAACAUCGCAGAGACGAAAGCCGUGCACAUCGCCAACCCAAAAACUGCAGAGUUCCAGGUGGCGCGUACCUCCCUGAUCCCCGGGCUGUUGAAGACCGCUGCGGCUAACAGGAAGAUGCCCCUCCCCCUGAAGCUCUUCGAGAUCUCUGAUGUAGUGCUGAAGGACGAUACGAGAGACGUGGGCGCGAGGAACAGCCGGCGUCUGUGUGCGCUGUACUACAGUAAGAGUCCUGGGUUCGAGGUGAUCCACGGCCUGCUGGACCGGGUCAUGCAGCUGCUGGAGGUCCAACCAGGGCAGACAGAGGGCUACCACAUCCAAUCAGCACAGGACCCCACCUUCUUCCCAGGACGUUGUGCGGAGGUAUUUGCUCGCGGGCAGAGCAUCGGCCACCUUGGGGUCCUACAUCCUGAUGUCAUCACCCGCUUCGAGCUGACCAUGCCCUGCUCCGCCCUCGACAUCGACAUGGAGCUGUUCCUGUGACCCUCCCCCGGGUAGACACACCCACUAGCCCCACUAGCCCCACUAGCCCCGCCCUGACGGAGAGAUGUACUGAAGAGCUUGGGUUAGGGUUAGGGUUCACAGUUAGGCUUAGGGAUAGGGUUAGGGUUAGGGUUCGCAGUUAGGCUUAGGGAUAGAGUACAGUGCAGCAGUAUAAUCAGUCAUCAUGCAGUGGGUGUGGUCAGGAUCAGGCACUCGGUGCCGUGUAGUUGAUGUUACACUGUUACACUCACUUUUAUAAACAUGACGCUCUUUAAGUGAAUAUGAAUAAUAACCUCUGUAUGUACGGCAGUUUGAAAACAUUAAUAAAAUCUGCUCCUGGACCUGA